GUGGGUCUAUUUCAUUAUAUUCCAUCAAUAUACUAAUUCAAGUCAUUGAGAUAAGAGACAUAAGAGAGAUAAGAGAUAUCCUUUGGAGUCUAUCUUUUUCUAUAUAGAAAGAAAUAGUUGAAAAAUACUAAUUAUCAUAUAAUAAGACAUCGAAUAUAAUAAUAUGCUAUAAAAAUAUUAAUAAUAUCAUAAAAGAAUAUUCUAUAAUAACACAUCGAAUACGGAAAAAGUACAAAAAAAAAAUAACAUAAAAGAAUAUUCUAUAAUAACACAUCGAAUACGGAAAAAGUACAAAAAAAAAAAAUAACAUAAAAGAAUAUUCUAUUGAUCAUUACCCUUCAACCGGGUUAUUUUAUUCUAUUCCACCUCUUAGAAAGAAACGAACUUAAAUAAAAAUACACUUAACCCUUCAACCGGGUUAUUUUAUUCUAUUCCACCUCUUAGAAAGAAAAGAACUUAAAUAAAAAUACACUUAAUAGCAUGGCGAUACAUUUAUACAAAACUUCUUCACGAAAUCGUUUGAUUUAUGGACAGCAUCAUUGUAGUACAGGCCGUACUAAUAUCAUAAAAGAAUAUUCGAUAAUAACACAUCGAAUACGGAAAAAGUACAAACAAAAUAACAUAAAAGAAUAUCUUUUUUAAAUUCUCAAAAAAUAACAAUAAACUGCAAAACAUGGAGGUUGCUUUACAAUGACGUAUCGAUCAUUUAUACUAAAAUAUUUAGUGCCGUUCUGUCUAAAAAUAAUGAAUUCGGCCGUUGUGACCGGACUUUAUUAUGGAUUUUUGACCACAUUCUGCAUAGGGCCCUCUUAUCUCUUCAUUAUUCGAGCCCGGGUUAGGAACGAAGGGACCGAGAUGGUAGUAUCAGCAACAACCGGGUUUAUUACGGGAUACCUCAUUAUGUUUAUAUCAAUCUAUUAUGCGCCUUUGCAUUUAGCAUUGAAUAGACCUCAUACAAUAACUGUCCUAAUUCUACCAUAUAUUUUCUUUCAUUUCGUAGAGAAAAAUAAUAAAUACUUCUAUUCGGAUCCCAGAUACGAUAAUGCAAAUUCAAUACAUAAAUUCAAUAUUGUUAAAGAAUUCUUUACCAAUUUUUUGUUUCAGUUAAUAAACCCUCUUCUUUUCCAAAGUUCAAUUUUAAUAAGAUUACUGCAGAUUUGUCUCUUUCGGUCCAACAAUAAAUUGUUAUUCUUAACAAGUAGUUUUGUUGGUUGGUUAAUUGGUCACAUAUUUUUGAUGAAAUUAAUGGGAUUCCCAAUAGUCUGGUUCCAGCAAAAAGGUUCGAUCAAAUCUAAGCUAACUAAGCUAAUUAUGGGAUUUGAUAAAUACAUUCUCUUACAAUUGCGAUAUUAUGGGGGUCAAAUAUUUGUAGUUUUUGUCUUUGUUAUCUUUCUUCACUAUUUAGGCAGAAUACCGGCUCCUUAUUUUUAUCGUAAUACUACUGGUACUGCGAAAAUCGCAGAACAAGACGAUGAGGAUCAGGAUGAGGAUCAGGAUGAGGAUCAGGAUGAGGAUAUGGAUAUGGAUGCUAAAAGCGAAAUCGAUGUUCAAAGAAAAGCAAAAGCAGAAAAUAUUUUUAGUUAUCUUUUUUCGGAAAAAGAUAAAAUUUUUGACAACAUUAAGGAAUCGGAUCAAAACUUGCAAUUGGGAAAACCCAUUGUAACUACUCUUUUCGAUUAUCAACGAUGGAUUCGGCCAUUGCGAUAUAUAAAAAAUUUGCACUUUGAAAACGUUGUAAGAGAUGAAAAUUCACAAUUUUUUUUUCAUAUAUGUAAAAGUGAUGGAAAAGAACGAAUCUCUUUCACGUAUCCACCUAGUUUAUCUAUUUUUCAGAAAAUGAUGGAAAAAAAAAUGAAUCUCUUCACAAAAGAUAAAAUCUCCAAUAAUGAUAAUGAUAAUGAUAAUGAAUUGUCUAAUUUUUGGAGCUACAAUCAUAAUGAAAAAAAAAAGAAACUAAUCAAUGAAUUUUUUAAAAGGGCCCAAUUUCUAGAUAAGAACUAUAAGAAUUUGAGUCCUCCGGAUGUAUUUGCAAACUCAGUUAGAUUGUGUAAUGAUGACAUGGAAAAUAAAUAUUUAACUAAAAUAUAUGAUCCUUUUUUGAAUGGACGUUUUCGCGGAGAAAUCAAAAAAAACUUUUCACCACCAGAAAGAAAUUCCAUUUUCGUAAAUAAGAUUCACGGUCUCCUUCUUUCUAGUAAUACUAAUGAUCCAGAAUUGGAACAGAAAAUUGAUCCAGAAUUGGAACAGAAAAUUGAUCCAGAAUUGGAACAGAAAAUUGAUCCAGAAUUGGAACAGAAAAUAGAUCGAUUUGAUAGAAAAUUUUUAUUCAAUGAAUUUGGUUUUUUUUUUAAUGUAAUCAAUAAAUUUUCAGAAAAACCAGUAUCAAGUUUAAAUUUUGACAGAUUUUAUUUAUUUCCAGAACAUGAACAAGUAAAAAAAUAUUCCGAAGAAAAAAAAAUAAAAAAAGAAUUCUUAUUCGACGCAAUUAGAACUGAUGAGAAGAAUAAAACCAUUUUUAAUAGCACAAAUUGUACUGAAAUAAACGAAAUCGAGAAAGAAGUUCCUCGAUGGUCAUACAAGUUAAUUGACGAAGUGCAGCAACUGACGGAAAGCUCAGCAGCGGAGGCUGAGAUUCGUUGUGCAAGAGCGGAACGUGUAGUUGUUUUUAGUGCUCAAACAGAGUCACUGGAUUUCCGUAUUAAAAAUAAACAUAAGUCGAAUAUUGAUGACAAUGGGAAUUCGCCUAAAUUGCACCCAGAGACGGAAUUUUCUCUAGUAAAAUAUUCACGCGAACCGGAUUUCAACCGAGGGAUAAUUAAAGGAUCUAUGCGCCCUCAAAGGCGUAAAACAGUUACUUGGAAAUUCUUUCAAAGUAAUGCCCAUUCUCCAACUUUUUUGGAGAUAAUAGAUGACUACCCGUUCUUUUUUGGAAGUUCCUAUCGAAGUUCACUACGAAUCUUUGGGUACCUAUUAUGA